AUGUCUGGACCAAAUGGAGAUCCUAACUUCUCAAUUGAUGAUGGCAUCAUCGACGAUGAAGAUGAAUUCAGCGAAGAGGGUAAUACCGGUAUGUUUCAGAAGUCAUCAUGGAAUCUCUGCGCCUAUGAUGAAGAGAUAGUGUGUGUUUUUGUUGUUUAACUAUCCUUGUGGGUACCAGAAGUCCUCAUAAGGAUAUUAAAACAAGGAACAUUCGGACAAGUGUGUACAUUUCGCCGGUCCCCAUGAGGAAAUUUGCUGCUUAGGGGUUAGGUUAAGGGUUAGGUUAGGGAACAUAGGAUUUAGAAAGGGAAUAAAUGUUUUGGUCCCCACAAGGAUAGUAAAACAAAACUGUGUGUGUUGUCAUUCACAGCUGUGUACAUAGGUAAGCCAAUAGGGUGUCUGUAUUAGGAAUUGCACAUCGUUGCUGUUCUCAUAUCACUCUCCUUUGGCAGAGUAUGCAGCCAUCAACACUAUGCUGGAUCAGAUCAACUCUUGCCUAGAUGACCUGGAGGAACGCAACGACUCACUGAAUGACAAACUACAUGAACUGUUGGAGUCCAACCGGCAGGCCAGGCAGGAGUUUAGAGUUCAGCUGAGGACCACUACACCCCCAGGAGAGGAGCAACUGUCCCCGGACAAGUAUUCUCCGACCACUGAAGGGGAGAAGGGCGAAGAGGGA